CAGAUGCCGUUGUGCGCAUGCGCAGCAGGACCCGUGGUCUCCUGUUGAAACCUCCCAGGUAUUAAUGGCUGAGCUCCGCAGACAUCGACAUGAGCCCGGAGACAGAGGCGCAUCGGCCGGGGGACAGUCCUCCGGGGCCCGGGGAGACGGCUCCGGUGAGGGCGGCUCCUCCUCGGUGACGCUGAAGCUUCUGGCCGCGGUGUUUUACGGAGUCAGCUCGUUCCUCAUCGUCAUUGUCAACAAGAGCGUCCUGAGCAGCUACAGGUUUCCAUCGUCAACAUGUGUCGGAAUCGGCCAAAUGCUGGCCACAGUCGUAGUUCUGAGGACGGGGAAGAUGUUGGGCAUCAUCUCAUUUCCAGAUCUGGAUCUGAGUAUACCAGGCAAGAUGUUCCCACUGCCUCUGCUGUAUGUCGGGAAUCAGAUAUCAGGACUCUUUGGGACACAGCGACUCAAUUUGCCUAUGUUUACAGUCCUGAGGAGGUUCAGUAUUUUUCUCACCAUGGUGUUUGAGGGAUUCUUGCUGAAGAAGACUUUCUCUGUGUCGGUGAAAAUGACCGUGUUCACCAUGAUCUUCGGUGCUUUCAUCGCCGCCAGCUCUGAUAUAGCGUUUGACCUUGAAGGGUACGUCUUCAUCAUGCUGAACAACGUCCUGACGGCGGCCAGCGGGGCGUACGUGAAGCAGAAACUUGACUCUCAGGAGCUGGGCAAAUUUGGGCUUCUGUACUACAAUGCCCUGAUCAUGAUUUUCCCCACUACGGCGUAUGCCUACUACUCAGGGGACUUACAAAUGGGGCUGGAGUAUGACGGAUGGUCCGAGCAGCUGUUUGUUGUGCAGUUUGUGCUCUCCUGUGUCAUGGGCUUCGUUUUGAUGUACUCCAUCAUGCUGUGCACGCAGCACAACUCAGCGCUCACUACCUCCAUCGUGGGCUGCAUCAAGAACAUUGUUGUGACCUACAUUGGAAUGGUGUUCGGUGGAGAUUAUAUUUUCACCUGGACAAACUUUAUAGGUCUGAACAUCAGCAUCGCCGGGAGCCUGGUGUACUCCUUCAUCACCUUCACACAGGAGCGAGCGAAAAAGGCGUAAACACAGAGUCCCGACCCGACGCUGGAGUACGUCCAGAGCACAUUUCAUCUCCGAGCACUGUACAUAGAUGCAUGUAUAUACAUACAGUAUAUAUAUAUAUAUAUGUAUAUAUAUAUGUAUGUAUAUAUGUAUAUAUGUAUGUAUGUAUAUAUAUAUAUGUAUAUAUAUAUGUAUGUAUAUAUACACAUCUAAUUUUAAAACAUUCCUUUUACAUGUUUUACAAACAUCUCCUGUAUUUUGUCAGCUCGUGCAUUUUUUUUGCUAUUUUACAAUCAUUAAGUUAUUUGUUGAGACACUAUUAUCAGCUUUUAUGUGUAUGAUUAUGACAAAGAGCCUUAACUUUUAUACAAUUACAUUUCACAAUGACAUGGACAUUUUUAUAUUUGAGAAAUUAAUAAAAAUUUAAGUAUAGAUUUAAA